UUUCCAUUUAUCAAAUUUGUGCAGUGAUUCAGGAAAAAGAGGGUCCUAUGGAAAUGGCCGGUAACGUUGCUUUCUUCGCUUCCUGAAAUUAUCGGAACCUACUCUAUCACCGAGUCUCUGUAAUUAGAUAUAGACAGAAAAGCAAUAUUUAUUCUCUUUUAUUUACAAAAGCUAAAGAGAACCUUCCUACUAUAAUGCUUCUUAUCCUUUAGCUUUGGUUUUCUCUGUUUCUCAGGUACGCUGAUGCUCUCAGUUUUAGGUUCUUCGUUUAAUCAAUUUUUUUAUCCCUUUUCUUCAGUCAUUUAAUUAAGAUUAGCACCUAGAAUUACGGGUUUUCAAUAGUUCUUCGAGCUUCAACCUGUUUUGCUUUAACAUUUCGUCCUGUCCUAUUUCUGCUCUAAUUUCUGUCUCUGCUAGCUUCAACUAGUGUGCUUUUGUGGGUUUUAGUUAUAAAGCUGAGAUUUCUUGUUAAUUGGGUAAAAGACAAAGAUCCCUCUGUUUGAUUCGUUUUGGGUAUUUUGAUCUCUCCGUAUUGAUGAAAGUUUUGGUUUUUGGUGUAAAUCUCUGUAGUUUUUCAACUUUGCCUUAGAUUUUGGUGGAGACAUUGAAUAAUUUAUGGGUAUUUGAUCUCACUUAACUGCUUAAGUACCUAAAAGUUGGGUUUUUGGCUUGCAAAAUUAUUGCGCUUGUCUGCCUUUAAAAGCUCAUAGUUGAGUUAGUGGAGAGCAGUCAGCCAAUCAGUUCAAUUUUUGGAGUUUGAUUGGUUAGGGUUAGGAGUAGGGUUUUAUUGAUGGGAACAGAUUCGGGUUUUUCUGGAAUCUCUGGUUUCAAAUUUGAGGAUGAUAUUCUUUUCCCUGAUUCAGAUCAGUAUUCAAACCCUAUUAACGGUUUCAAAUUCAAACACACCCUAGACUUUAACUCUGUAGACAGUUCACUUGUUUUGCCUGACCUAGAUCCCAGUAAGGCUUCUCUGUCAUCCAUCAUGACCACAGAUGCAGACUCACCUUCAGAUGAUAAUGAUUUCUCGGAGACUGUCCUAAAGUACAUAAGCCAGAUGCUUAUGGAGGAGGACAUGGAAGAGAAACCAUGCAUGUUCCAUGACCCUCUGGCACUUCAAGCUGCUGAGAAAUCUCUGUAUGAUGUCCUUGGUGAGAAGAACCUGCCUUCACCUAAUCAAUCAUAUUUCUAUGGUGACCAAUUUUUGGUUGAUAGUCCUGACGGUGUUUUUAGUGGUUCCUAUGAUUAUAGCAGCAAUAGUAGUUCCAGUUCUAAUAUCGGUGGUUCAGUUGAACAAUGGAGUGGUGAGCUUGGGGAAUUUAAACCAUCAUUUAUGCAAACUCCUCUUCCUACUAAUUUCAUUUUCCAAUCUGUUGCAAACUCCAGUUCACAAGAGCCAAUCAAAUCAGAAAAUGGGUUAGCAAGAAAUGAUUUUGGUGAGAUGGGGUCCUCUAUUGGUAAGAUUAUGGUGCAAAAUUUGUUCAGUGACGGUGAAUUGGCAUUACAAUUCCAGAAAGGUGUAGAGGAAGCUAAUAAGUUCCUUCCUAAGGGUAAUCAACUGCUUAUUGAUUUGGAAACUGUAUCUAUGCCAGCCCUGAAGGAAAAAGACAUGAAGGUGGCAGUAAAGGUAGAGAAAGAGGAGAGGGAGUAUUUGCCUAAUUUGACUAAAGGAAAGAAGAAUCACGAUCGGGAGGAUGAAGAUUUGCAGGAAGAAAGGAGUAACAAACAGUCUGCAGUAUAUGCAGAUGAAAGCGAGCUAGCUGAGAUGUUUGAUAAGGUAUUGGUAUGCACAGGGGAAGAAUGUGGACCUCCUACAUGUAUUCUUAAUGACAGUUUGCAGAGUGGAUCAAGCAAAACAUUGCCUCAGAAUGGACAAACAAAUGGAUCUACUCCUGGUGGUGGUGGAAAGAAUCGGGCUAAGAGACAAGGCAAUAAGAAGGAAGUGGUUGAUUUGAGGACCCUUCUGGUUCUAUGUGCACAAGCUGUGUCUGCUGAUGAUCGCCGGACAGCUUAUGAACUACUAAAGCAGAUAAGGCAGCAUUCUUCGCCUUUUGGUGAUGGGUCUCAAAGAUUAGCUCAUUGCUUUGCCAAUGGCCUCGAAGCACGUUUGGCUGGGACAGGAACCCAGAUCUACACUGCCCUGUCUUCUGAAAAAGCUUCAGCUGCAGAUAUGUUGAAAGCUUACCAAGCUUACCUUUCUGCCUGUCCAUUUAAGAAGAUUGCAAUCAUCUUUGCAAACCACAGUAUUCUGGCUGCUUCUAAGAAAGCAACAACCCUUCAUAUAAUAGACUUUGGUGUAUUAUAUGGUUUCCAGUGGCCUGCUCUCAUUUAUCGCCUAUCAAAAAGAGCUGGUGGGCCUCCCAAGCUGCGUAUUACAGGGAUAGAGCUUCCACAAAGUGGUUUCCGACCUGCAGAGAGAGUUCAGGAAACAGGCCGCCGCUUGGCAAAAUAUUGUGAGCGCCAUAAUGUUCCAUUCGAGUACAAUGCCAUAGCAAAGAAAUGGGAAACUAUCCAAAUUGAAGACCUCAAGAUUAAUGGUGGUGAAUUUGUUGCUGUGAAUUGUCUUUUCCGAUUUAGAAACCUACUUGAUGAGACAGUUGUGGUUAACAGUCCCAGGAAUAGUGUUCUAAAUUUAAUCAGUAAGACAAAGCCAGAUAUAUUUAUCCAUGCCAUUGUUAAUGGGUCUUAUAGUGCCCCGUUUUUUGUCACAAGGUUCCGGGAGGCUCUUUUCCACUUCUCAGCAUUGUUUGAUAUGUUUGAUACUAAUAUGUCCCGUGAAGAUCAAAUGAGGUUGAAGUUUGAGAAAGAGUUCUAUGGUCGGGAAGCUUUGAAUGUCAUAGCUUGUGAGGGCUCAGAAAGGGUUGAAAGACCAGAGACAUACAAGCAAUGGCAGAUUCGGAACAUGAGAGCUGGGUUGAAACAACUUCCUUUGGACCCUCAACUCCUAAACAAACUCAAGUGUAGAGUGAAGACAAGAUACCAUGAAGAUUUUGUGGUUGAUCACGAUGGCCAAUGGAUGCUGCAGGGAUGGAAGGGACGGAUUAUUUAUGCAUCCAGCGCCUGGGUUCCUGCAUAGGAACAACAUAGUUUGUUUCUAGGGGAACGGUUCCACAGUAGUAUUUUCACAGUUGAAGCUGCCUGAGAUGAAGAGAGCCAGAAGUAGACCUGGUAGUUGUAUCUAUAUUUGAUUGUACUAAUCGAACCUUUAAUAUUAUAAUUCAAUAGAUGGCAUGUUAUAUAAUUA